GAGUCCCCACUAUUAAAUGGCUCGACUUCGACGCAGGAAAGGAGAAGCUGCGUCGGGGGCGGCGGAACACCAUCCAGCCUCAGUGCUAUUUCAACACUCGACAGGCGUCAGCUAGGGGAGCGGAUAGAGUGUGGUUCGUGCGAUCUCUUUGGGCGACUAUCGACCGACAGGGAGCCGUCUCUUCAUUCUUCUUCAAGCCGACUAUUCGUUGGAGAAUCGGAAAGAACCUUGGGCGCAGGGAACCGAGAAGCUGAGACGAAGCAACGGCGAUAAAACUCCGAGAGGCCAAGAUCGUCGCUUCGAAGCGUCGCGAUUUCUCGCGAGACGAAGCAGAUCGAAACCGUUUCGCGCGGAGAAUCAAGUUCGAACGAUCGUUCGGACGAAAAAGGAUACCGACGCGAGACGCGAGAGUAAGAUCCGCGCGGAAUUUCGGAGCGAAGAGUUCGAAUCGCAGGAAGGUUUACGCAUUUUGUUCCCGAAAUUGCAUCGCGCGGAUGUCUCGUGGGAAUCUCGGGCGGAGGUAAACGGCCACGAAGGUAAAUGGGAAGUGAUACGCGAGACAAUGACCGAGGAAUAACGGCUGGACGGGGAACAAUGAGGGGAUCCGACGCGCGUAAAAGGUAGAGAGGCGCGUGUAAAUCAAGGAAUCGGUCCCAGCGGCGCAUCCAGAAUUGAAGGUUUCCUCGCGGUCUUAUUAGAGCACGAAGCCGAGGCGCGCGCGCGGACGAUGCAGCGGCGGCACGCGAUCGUCGCGAACACGUGUUCUCGGUUUCCCGCCAAUUAGUAUCGGUACGCGUGGAAACGCGAACGAGCCGAACGAGAAUCGCAGCCGCGGAUAAUUUGCCCGGGGAAUCACGGUCACAGGGACGCCCUGUCGUGCUCGGUGAUUAAGGACGCGGCCCAAUCGUCGACGUCGGUGAUUAAGGACGGCCAGGCACAGGGAUCCCGCUCGCGAAUUAGAAUGGCGUCGUUGCUCCCGUGGUUCCCGUCCGUGCCGCACCUCGGACCGUGACGAUCCGGCGAUCCUAAUCGCGGCCGACAAAAACCCUUACGGGAGACUCGGCACCCGGAACCGCGGGAAAAAACGGACCCCGGCGUCGGCGUCCGCUUGUAAAAGGGGCGCCGCGCGGAGCCGGCCGGCAAAAAGGGAGAAGAACAGGGUCGCGUUUCUGCUAUCUGCGAGCCGUGAAAUUGGGACCUUGCGCUCCGCCGAUGAAAAUUUCGGUCGCCGCCGUUCGGGGAAGACGACGCCGGACGCGGACGCCGGAGAAAAAAAAAGAAACGAAGUCGACCGAAAAGUCGUUAAGUCGCGCGGUUUUUCGGCUGGCACCGAUGAUGAAUUUUUAAAUGGCAGAGACAACAGCGAACGGAUUUUAGUAGCGGCUUCUGGGGCAGAAGCCUCGCUCGGCGAGUUGCGACGACACCGGAGACCGGAGCAGAGGUUUCUCCGAUGCGUUUUUUUAGCGAGCGCGAAGCGGAUCGCGGACUCUUCGUUAUCGAUGCAGAUCGAACGGCUUCUUUCAACUGUUAUCCUGUUACUUACGAGUGAAUCGGAGGGAAGAGAUCGUUCCCCGAGUGUGAGAUCGUUUUUUUCGGAGACGAACGUCGACUCGACACGAAUGUCCUUAUAGAGCUUGAAAUCGUAACAGUGAUAUAUAGAUAGAUCGAGGAAAAUUACAGCGACGGUAAGAAAUGAGGAGAGCGCGUCCCGCGAGAAAAUAUGCAGAACACGCAAACAAGAGCGCAGCGACGACGAGAAACGUUUGGAAUUGCGAUUGAGAAAACUGGAGCAUAAUAUUUGACGACCCGUGAAAACGGAUAAUAAUUAUACGGAAAAUACGUGCCGAGGAGAUACAACAUGGCGGAUCAAUACGUGGAUUAAAAAAGGAACGAUCGUGAUAGGAUCGAAGAUCUGGACGAUAGAAGACGAUCGUUGCUUUGUGUUCCGAAGGAGAGGAAUACUCGUUACAAAGAGUAGAAAGCGAUAUCGUCUACGACACCCCGACGCGGAGGCCUAGGUCAGCCCGGCGGGAUCGUGUGACAUUAUUGUUACGCCGAUCGCGGCCGAAACGUCCAGCAGGAUCGGCACGAGCCCGCAGAAAUAAGGUCGAUCGCAUUCCCUUGGCCUCGGUGCUGGCGAACAGAGGAGGCUGCCCGCAACAUUGCGGAUGGUCACGAUUCAAAGUGGGCGGUGCACACUCAUGGAAAUGGUCUGGCGACAGUAAUGUCGAUAGGCAUCGUUUGCCAACAGAUGGGAAAGGUAUCCAUAGCCGUAAGAAGUGCCGCUAUGUCCCACAUAGAGCCACGUUUGACUACGAUUCUGGGACGUGCCAAAAUGCGGAAGAAUCUGGUGAAGAUUGUGGUGGUCCUGCUGCUUUGUGGCUCGGGCGGGGCCAGGCCGCAGAAGACCGGUGAAUCUUCGCAAACUGCGAAACCGAUCGCCGACCAAUGGAAACCCUCCAGCACCCCGGCGAACACUCAAGACAUCAGUAUGCCGCAGAAUGACGGUCAACGCCACCUGAAGGAUCUACAGUACAUGGACCAGUCCCUGAGAACGGUGGCUACCCAGCUGCUGAACGUGACCAACCCCGAAGAUGAGAAAACCGUCGGCAAGAUCAUAAAGAAGAGCCCGAACGUCCAGAAAUCCCCGGAGAAAGACGUCGCUCCGUCGAAAGAGAUGACAGUGAACAUAGGCUUCGGAAGGCCGGUGAACUCGAAGUUCAGCUUCUUCGAGGCCAGCCACCCAGGUCACGCGAUGGCGAUCACCGAAGAGGAACUCGAGAAAGAGCUGAGCUCGACGCGUUUGAUGACAGCGUACAAGAAUCAUCCGACGACCACCGGCGGCAUCUCCACGUGGAUCCUGCUGAAUCCUCCGUCGACUACGAUCAAAACAAUCGAUGUAGACAAGAAGUCGAAACAGACCACAGAGAGCGACAAGACGACGACGACGACAACGACGAGGCCAACGACAAUGACGGAGAGGAUAGACGCGACGGAAAGGGUGACGGAGAAGGUGACGUUGCCUGUCUCGACCAUGCUCGUCACGGAGGAACCGCCGAGCACCAAGAAGAUCGUCCUCCUGAGCACCACGAAGAGGACAGAUCCGAAGGCGGAGAAGCCUUCGGAGGCUCAGGCAACCCUGAAGCCUCCUCAGACGACUCUCAGUUUCGAAAACAAAGAAACCACUAUCAGCGCCACCAAGAAGAUCCAAACUGUCAGAACGACGCCGAAGCCCAAGUCCUCCACGUCCAAGCCGACCGCGCUCUCGAAACCAUCGAUCCUGAAGACUUCCAGGCCGAACCAACCGGUCCGUCCUAAGCCAGUAACGAGGAGGACCACGCCGAAGCCGGACACCCUUAAAAACGACACCGCCUCGUCCGCUAAGAUCGAGAAGGUCACUUUCAGGCCUGUCCAGAUGAUCACAGUUGCCAAGAGCAAGCCGGACAGCACCGAGAAGCCGAUGUUCGUGACGAAGAUCAAAGCGUCCGUUCUAAUGGACACCCAGAAGGCCACGACGCCGGCGCCUGUCUCCUCGACGAUCAGCCAAGAACCGGCGACGACGAUGAAAUCGAUCGUCUCGAGCACCAGCAGCAAGCCCGCGGAGAUCUUGACUAAGCUGAAACCGAUCGGCACCAAGAGCAACGUGCUGAAGGUGCAGCUGAAGAAGCCCGCGGAGGACACUAAGAUCGAGAUCGAGCCUAUCAAAGUGAACGCGCCGGUUUUGAAGAUCGAGAAGGUCGAGAAGGACAAGAGGCCGGAGGUGGAUACGGAAAAGGACGCGUUGAACGAUUCCCAGAUAGACCUGAAGUUCGACUUCAAUCCCGAGUUAACGAAGAUAAACACGGACACGGAGACGUCAACGUCGACCGCCGCGACGGUGUCGUCGACCACGAAGAGGCCUAGGCACAGCUCGAAGCGGAAGAAGAACAAGAGCCGAAGGAGGAAACCGUCCGCGUCCACCACCACGAUCAGCCCGCUGACGUCCAGCUCGACGGAGCUCGAGCUGAUGACGCUGGAUCCGGCCGGCGAGAACGGGAUCCAGGAGUCGAAGAUCGCGCCGGAGACCAAGGUCUCCGUGAACAGCACCAAGACCAAGAAGAAGCAGGUACAGAAGCCCAUCUCCACGCAGAUCUACAACUUCCUCAGCCGGGAGGUGAUGCCCAGCUUCGGGAUGAUGUCUCUGGUGGGCCUCGGGCUGGGCCUGGCGUCCUACUUCCUCUACCCGUUCGGCGGGACCAUCGCACGGAGGAACUACGAGGUCGAGCCGAAGUACAAGUACAACCUGGACGAGUACGGCGGGAACUACGGGCAGAGCGAGGAGGAGGUGCUCUCGAAGGUCUUCCAAGGCAUGACGACCAACGACGACAACAAGUACCCUGGCGCGAAGGACUACGACAACUACUAUCAGUACCAGCACUACGACGGUGGCUACGACUCCCAGACGACGAAGAAGUACGAGCAGAGGUACACCUCGUCGCCUGUCUACAGGCCGGAGAACACUGGCUCCGCUCUGAAGUUCAGGAACACGGAUUACAGGUACCCGGACGCGCCCAGCACUCCGAACUAUUACGAACGGCCGAAGCACACGGAGUACGCGGCUGGACAGGCGCCGUCGGAGCCAGCCAAUCGGCAGUUCGUCGUCGGGAACGUGCCGAAGGAGUAUCCGUCGUACGAGGAGAAGGCCCCGGCCCAGCCGACCACGGGCAAGCUGGCCAGCUACGAGCCCACGGAGAGCGGGCCGCUGAAGUUCGAUCAUGACAUCGAUCAGAACUUCAAUUUCAAUAGUCCGGUUCAGAGCUACGGACAGGUGCAGACAAGCAGGCCCGAAGAGGCUUACGAAGAGGUGGAGAUCACGCCGACCGCGGUGGCCGUGGAGCACGGGCCGAGAUCUCUGAAGUCGAAGAGGUCCGUGGACGGUUCUGCCGACGCCUCUCCGAUCGGACAUCGUCGAUCGAGAGCGAGAAGGGACUCGGUGAUCCAGGUGAUCCCCUCGAAGAGGGAGCUGGAAGAGGAAGAGAAGGAGGAAGACCUGAGCAACGAGAUCCUGAACAUCAUCGACUCGGCGUUGCCCGGGGAAGAGGACGGGAAGACCAGACGGAAGGAGACCGAGAUAUCGGAGGAGCUCGAGGCGAAGAAGAGACGGCAGAAGGAUGAGGAGAGGAUCAAAUCGACGGCUCAGGCGUCCACGGAGUCUAGCGUCGACGUUUCCAGCCGUUCGACCGGUUCUUCGACGUUGCAGGAGGCCACCGACUCGUCGAUCUCUUCGUCGCCUUCCUCGAACGCCGAUCCCGGCAGCAUCUCGACGGAGGCCUCGAAGAGCACGGAGCAGAACAACGUCGAAUGGAUCGACAUGACCACGAAGACGCCGGAGGAGCAGGACGGUUUCAGCCUCUUCGGCUUCGUGAAGAAGGUUGCUGAGAUCAAGUUCCGGCUUGGGUUGACGCUGCUGAAACACGCCAGCGAGGGCUUCGCCAGAUACCUCGGCCACGUGCAGAAGAGGAUCAAUGGCGAGGAGUGAAGGACCUUCGGGGAGCACGGACAAUUGAACUCGAGAGUGGUUCCGAUUGGUGGAAACGAUUCAGGGGUUUCGGCGAGACAGGGCCGCCUCGAUCACGCGCAACGAGCACGUCCCGAAUCGAUUUAGGGUGUUAACAUCCCCCAGCCACGAUUUGUCUAGCAUUUUAUCGCUCGAGAAACGCGUGUCGGGGACGCGCGAUUGGGUGGCAGGUGAUCUGUGACAGAGUCGAUUUCUUAACCUUUUAGGCAUGACGCGCCACUAUAGUGGCUUCCGCGGAUGUCAUUCUCUCUGAACGACGCGCCACU